AUGAUUGGAGGAGGAAAUAUUAUGGAGGUCUCCCACUUCAUCCUCUUGGGAUUCUCAGAUUUUCCCAAGGUCCUAGCAGUGCUCUUUGUUACAUCCCUGCUCACCUAUGUUAUGACUGUGACCUGGGAACUGUGCCUCAUCGUCUUAAUAAGGAUGGAUUCCCACCUCCACACACCCAUGAACUUCUUCCUCAGUAACCUGUCCUUCAUAGAUAUCUGCUGUGUUACCUCCACUGCCUCAAAGAUGCUCUCCAACUUCCUCCAGAAGCAGCAAACUAUCACCUUUGUGGGCUGCAUUGUCCAGUACUUCAUCUUUUCAACCAUGGGAAUGAGUGAAUGUUGUCUCCUGACAGCCAUGGCUUAUGACCAAUAUGCUGCCAUUUGUAAGCCACUGCUCUAUUUAUCCAUCAUGUCACCCAGCCUCUGUGGUCGGAUGGCCCUGGGAGCCUGUAUGGCUGGACUCUCUGGUUCUUUAUCCCAACUGUGUGCCUUGCUUCAGCUCCACUUCUGUGGGCCAAAUGUUAUCAACCCCUUCUUCUGUGAUAUGCCCCAAUUGUUAAUUUUGUCCUGCACUGACACUUUGUUUGUAAAAGUUAUGCUUGCUAUAUUAACAGUGACUUAUGGAAUAACAAAUGUUUUCAUCAUCAUGAUAUCCUACUGCUAUAUUAUCAUCUCCAUCAUGAAGAUCACUUCAGCUAAAGGCAGGUCCAAGGCUUUUAAUACCUGUGUCUCUCACCUGAUGACCAUUUCACUCUUUUAUAUAUCAGGUGUCUCUGUCUAUUUGAGUUCCAGCUCUAGUGGUUCCCUAAGCUUUGACAGAUUUGCAUCAUUUUUUUACAUUGUGGUGAUUCUUAUGUUAAAUCCCUUGAUCUACAGCCUGAGGAACAGGGACAUCAAAGAUGCUUUGAAGAAUUUGCAGAAGAAGAGAGGGCACUGCUAA